CGCUGGUGCUUGCUUAUGCCCGAGGUUGUCGAGCGCAUGGCCACGUACCUCAUGACGUCCGAGGACAUGGCUGCCUUCCUGCAGGCGCUGCCGGAUGAUUGGCUCUCGGAGCCUUUGGCCGCGCUCCGGCAGCUCUACCGCACCGUGCAGACGCGACGUCUUGCGGUUCCGGCGGACGACAUGCGCUACCCGAUCCACACGAAGCUCCGCUUGAACGCCGUGCGAUCCUGGGCGAAGCUGCAGCAAACAAUUGCGCAGUGGCCUGGGCGCAUUGAGCGGAUCGAGCUCCUGAUCGACCUCUUCGAAGCCGAUUGGCCAAGCACGGCUUUUGAAUCGACGGCCCUGGCGCUGACGACGCUGCGUGAGAUCGCCGUCCGGUUUGAUCGCUGCGCCGACUACGAUCUGCGUCCUAUAAUCCAAACACUCGCAUCCACGUCCGUGACGAGCCUCAAGUUGCUUGGCCUGGGCCAUCUGCGCUCGCUGCUCCACUGCCGCCUCUUUGAAAUUCAAUUCUCGCGGGCCUGCGUGACAAGCCUUGCGUCGCUCCUUCCGCAGCUGACUGCUCUCCAGUUGGCGGUCAACGGGUGUCACUACCUUGAGUUUCUCGAGCUGUCGCAUCAAAACCUCAAGGAUGCGAGCGCGAAAUCGCUUGCGGCAGUCGCUACCGCUGUGCCCGUCGUUGAGAACGUUCAAUCUCUCGGCAUCGUGCAUCGUCUGGACACCAUCCACCUCGCCAACAACGUCAUUGGUGUCAAUGGCGCGAUCGCGAUCAGCCUCAUCGUGCCGCAGGCGUGCCACUUAACGUCCAUGAACCUCGACGGCAACCAGCUGAAAACGAAAGGCGCGGUGUCGAUCCUGUCGGCCCUCGCAAACUGCGACUACCACCAAGGCGCCAUCGACGUCCACGACACGCUUGCAGACGACGAGUCCGACUGCGAGUGCGCAGACGCCAUGGAGGCGCUCCCGGACGCCACGUGGGCGAGCUUUCACGAUGAUGACGCUCGGCACGUGCAUGAAAAUCGACCUUUGUAA